AUGUCUUUCAGCUUUGGCUUUUCGGGCGAUGAUAUAGAAGCCGACACAGAAGAUGUCUCCCAGAGCACCCAGCCCGCGGCAGCAGCGGCGCAACAUGCCCCUCCGCCAAUCCCGGCUCAAACGCACAACAUAGAUGAAUUGCUCUCCUCCCUCCCCGACAAACUGUCCUUCACCCUCACCACCAUAACCUCCCCCCUCGGCCACACCACGCGCCUCCCGCGCCGCGAGCUCUUCGACGUCCGCCUGCAACUCAUGGCCGAGGACGAUGGCACCUCCGCCGCCCCGCUCGCGGGCCUCGACGACUCGGACGUCCGCACCAACGUCUACGAGGGCGGCUACAAAACCUGGGAAUGCAGCCUGGACCUCGCGCGCUUCCUGCUCGACCGCGGGCCGCGCAAGGACCUCGACGACCUCGUGCGCGUCGACCACGUCGUCGAGAUGGGCUGCGGCACCGCGGUGCCCAGUCUGCUGCUGUUCCAGUAUGCGCUCAGGGAAAGGCUGGGCAUGUACUUCACACUGACGGAUUACAACGCCGAUGUGCUGCGGUUGGUUACGCUGCCGAAUUUGGUGCUGACGUGGGCAGGGACGCUGGAUGAGGCGGGGAGCAGGGAGGUUUUCGGCGAGGCAGGGAAUCCGGUUGCGUUUCCGAAUGCUGAGGAGGAGAAUGGCGAUUUGUACAUUACGCCGCAGGUGCUGGAGGCGUUCAAGGCGCAGUUGAGGGAGACGGGGUUGACGCUGACGCUGCUGUCUGGGUCGUGGCUGCCGACGGAGACGCUGCUCGAGCUUGUGCCGUCCGCGCAGGAGAUGAAUACGCUUAUCCUGGCGUCGGAGACGAUCUAUUCGCCUGCGAGUCUCGUCGCGUUUACGGAUGCGAUGGUCGCGCUCAUGCGGCGCGUGAAGAGCGGGAAGGCGCUGGUGGCGGCAAAGAGGCACUACUUUGGGGUUGGAGGGAGCGUGGAUGAGUUUAGGCAAGAGUGCGGGCGCAAGGGGUGUGUGGCGUAUGAGAUGGAGUUUGAGGGGCUGGAGGCGGGGGUACGAAGGGCGAUUUGCGAGGUGCAAAUGUGCUGACCUUGAGACUCUCUUUGUGUUCAGAGAAGAAAACGAGGAGGGUCAUGCGAGAUGAAUGUGAUGUUUCAUAGGGGUAUCUAGGUGUGCUACGAAUGAGGAUGAAAUGGGAAAAGCCCGUGUCGUGUCGU